GUAAGUCACCGCCCCCGGCGUGAAGUUUUAGGGAGUCCCGAUCAUACAAAGUCAGACCUGAAGGCUUCAAGAAUGUCCUCUGUGCACGUACAAAAGUUUUAGCAUAAGUGUACCAUGGAAAACUCGGGCAGGUCUUACCGGACAAGGCAAGGUGGCUGGGAGAGGGGAUCCACAUCAGAGAAGGCAGAUAGCUGGAGGAACCAGGACCAGGGUAGAGGACAGAGCUUCAGACCACAUGGAAGUCAGCAGGACAAGAAGAACCACGGUGGGCCGUCCUGGGCAAGCCCCAAGAAGGGUGGAAUGGGGCCCUUAGGUUAUUCCCCUGGAGGAUUCAGAGGUGGUCACAGCCCCUUGCAGAUGGAUGAAACCCGGUGGUUUCCAGGUCAUGACAGCAGCGGUGGCGGUCGAGAAGAUAAUUGGAGAGAGCGAUCGCAGCAGCAGCAGCACUGGAGGAGGAGUACCCAGGGAGAAGGUCCAAAGGAGGAUAAGGAGCAGUGGAGGAGAGAGGACUCUGAUGGCGGGGCUAAUAAACAAGGGAGAAGACGGAGAAACCGAAACAAGAGGAACGUUUUUGCUGAAGAGAACAGGGGCCUUGUGAUUGAAGAGUCCACACUCUCAGCCAAAGAACUCCAGAACCUUCGGCAGGCAGAGAGGCGACUGAACAGAGAAGAGAUCUACUCCCUGAAGAAGAAAUCUCACCACAACCCCGGUGCACUUUACACCUGCGCUCUGUGCGACAUUCUCCUGGAAUCUGUGUCUGAAGCUUACAGGCAUAUCAGAGACAAGCGGCAUAAGAAGAGGGCCAGGGAGAGGCAGGAGCAGGUGAUGCUGACCGAGAUUCUGCCCCCUGGCCCGGAGCAGAUCAGUGCAGUCAAUGCUGCACUUGAGGCUAUUGUCCAGGAACAUGGGAUGAAUGACGUGGACGUAGAGAAGAGACAGUCUGUUGUCUCUAUCAUGCAAGAGCUCCUUCAGUCCGUCCUGCCUGAGAUCAGGCUCAGGCUAUAUGGAUCAUCUUGCACUAAGUUUGGAUUUAAGGAUUCUGAUGUCAACAUUGACAUUCAGUAUCCACCUCAUAUGCAUCAGCCUGACGUCUUGUUGUUGGUCAAGGACAACCUCUCUAAGUGCCCUCUUUUUGUUGAUCUGGAAGCUGAUUUUCAUGCCAGGGUACCUGUAGUAAUCUGCAACGAAAAAAAGAGUGGCCUAAUCUGCAAAGUAAGUGCAGGGAAUGAAAAUGCGUUCCAGACCACCUCCUAUCUUACUGCUUUAGCCAGUAAGGAGCCUCUCCUCCCUCCACUGGUUCUGAGCCUCAGACACUGGGCCCGGAUCUGUCAGAUUGACCGUGCAGAGGAAGGUGGGCUGCCACCGUACGUCUUCGCCCUCAUGGUUAUAUUCUUUUUACAACAGCGCAAAGAGUCUCUCUUGCCCACCUAUAUGAACCAAGAGAUUAAAGUGUUUUCACUCAGCAAGCUGUCAGACUUCAAUCUCACGCAUGUAGAUGAUGGAUAUUUACACUGGGCUUACACCUCUUCGUCCAAAGAAUCCUCACAGCCAGCAGAGGGCUCGGGUAUGAAGGGAAAGAUUUCGCUGGUAUUUCCGAGCCCUCACCCACCUGUUCAAGUCGGGCUUCUCUGGGUUGAAAUGCUUCGCUUCUAUUCACUUGAGUUCAACAUGGCCGACAAUGUCAUCGGUGUACGGACCAGUGUUGUCCUCUCCAGAGAGACCAAAGACUGGCCAAAGAAACGCAUUGCUGUGGAGGACCCCUUUUCCGUGAAGAGGAAUGUGGCCCGCACAGUCAAUAGCCAGCAAAUGUACGAGUACAUCCUCCACUGCCUCAAAACCACAUAUAAGUACUUUGCACUGCCACUCAACACACCAGCUGCUAAUCACAGGACAGAUGCGCAGAGGAAACCUACUCAAGGUGCAAAGGCAAAGGAUUUUAAAGAAAAGGAUGGAUGCAUGUCAGAUUUCAAGCAGCUCAGUAUUAAGUCACAAAAUGCGAGUCAACCUAAAACUGAAGAAAAUGGUCCUGAAGACUCUGAUUGCAUUAUUGAGGAAGAGGAGGAAGUUGAAGAAGACAGUGACUCAGAUGGGGACAAGGAAAAAGUGGACAUGGGCAAAAGCAGCCUCUCUGAAGAUGAUGAGGAUGAAGAUGUGGAUGUGGACACACAUAUGAGACACCACUUGGACAGCUUAACCACAGAGGAUGAGGAGAUUUUCCUAGUGGACGAGAUCUCAGGGGAGGAGCUUUUGUCUGAUGAGGAGGGUCCAGAUUUGGAUACACCUGGUUCAAUGGAUGAGGACGAGGAAGAGGAGGAGGUGCUGGCAGCUGCCAGUCUCUCACCUUUACCUUCAGAGGAUACAAUUAAAGAUGAGAACCCUGAAAAUAAAAACCAAAAACAGAACAAACGGUCCUAUGAAUUCACCAGGCAAGCGUUUACACGAGGCAAGUCACACAUGGUGGUGUGCAGCUUGUGCAAGCGUGAUGGGCAUCUGAAGAAAGAUUGCCCAGAAGACUUUAAGAAGGUGCAGCUGGAUCCCUUACCAGCAAUGACACCUGAGUUUUCCAAUCUUCUGAACAAAGUCUGUGAGCAGUGCUACACGGACUUUGCACCAGAUGAACUGGAAGUGAGUGUAAGAGAGCACAUCCUUAAAGAUCUGGAGAUCUUUGUCAGACGACAGUUUGCUGGUGCUCGGCUACAGCUGUUUGGAUCUUCCAAAAAUGGUUUUGGCUUCAGACAGAGUGACCUGGACAUCUGUAUGGUGCUGGAAGGACAGGAGACCAUGGAUGAUGUUGACUGCAUCAAUAUAAUUGAAAGCCUGGCAAGACUUCUGAAGAGACACCCAGAUCUGAAGAACAUCCUGCCCAUCACUACGGCAAAAGUACCCAUCGUGAAGUUCUUCCAUAUUCGCACCGGCCUGGAGGGAGACAUCAGCCUCUAUAACACGCUGGCCCUGCACAACACACAACUGCUAGCAUCGUAUGCUGCUAUCGACAGAAGAGUGAAGAUCCUCUGUUACGUCAUGAAGGUUUUUGCCAAAAUGUGUGACAUUGGGGAUGCUUCACGUGGGAGCCUCUCCUCUUAUGCGUACACCCUCAUGGUACUUUACUUCCUCCAGCAGAGAGACCCACCAGUUAUCCCUGUGCUGCAAGAGAUUUAUGAUGGAAAGAAGAAGCCUGAGGUGUUAGUGGAUGGCUGGAACGUGUACUUCUUUGAUGAUUUAAAGUCACUUCCCAGUCGCUGGCCACAUUCCGGGCAGAACACUGAGACGGUUGGGCAGCUGUGGCUUGGCCUGCUCCGCUUCUACACUGAGGACUUUGACUUCAGAGAGCAUGUUGUCUGCAUCCGUCAGCAUGCCCGCCUCACCACUUUCAACAAGCAGUGGACAUCCAAAUACAUCGUCAUUGAAGAUCCGUUCGACCUCAAUCAUAAUCUGGGUGCUGGUCUGUCCAGGAAAAGUAUGUUGAUUUCUUUGUUUUCUAUCUCUCAAAAGUAUAUUCAUGCAUUCUCACAUUUCUUUUUUCUGAUUUUCAUCAAUACAGUGACUAACUUCAUCAUGAAGGCUUUCAUUAAUGGCAGAACAGUGUUCGGUACACCAGUUAAAGUCUUUCUUCCUCAGUACCCCAGUCAAAUGGAGUAUUUCUUCGAUCCUGAAGUUCUCACUGAGGGAGAGGUGGCUCCCAACGACCGCUGCUGCCGCAUCUGUGGCAAGAUUGGCCACUUUAUGAAAGACUGUCCCAUGCGUAAGAAGUCCAGGCACAGGCGGGACUCUGAGAAAAAACCAGAGAACAUGCGAGACAGGAUGGAUUCUGGAGAGGACAAGGAACCGUUCAAACACAAGGGUGAGCACUGGAGGAAAAGAGAUGCACUGGAGAUACGCUGCUGCUACUUGUGUGGAUCAAGUGCCCACAUCAAGAAGGACUGUCAGCUGUACAGAAGCCCUGCAGGAAAUGUGAAAAUGGAAAGCUUUCCUUCAGCUUCAGGCCACCUGAGGAACUUGAGAGAGAGGGAGAAACAGGGUUCAUCCUUACAAGAAGAGAAAAAGAAGUGGAAGCAACAGAAUGUGAUAUUAAGUCCACAAGCAGUAACCUGCCGAAAUUUGGGUCGCUCUGGUCACAGGAAGAGCCCGGUGGAAUGAGCAGCGUCUGUUUGGAGGCAGUGGCUACACAAACCACGAGGUUCUCCUCUUGUCCAGGCAGAUGGCGACCCGAGCCCAGAAAUCUGAAUGAGACUGUCGGGCCAAUGGAGCCUGUUAAAAGCCAAAGCCAGGACGCCUUGACUUGAAGCCAUAUAGGGCCUUUUAUGUGUGUGCGUGUGUGUGUGUGUCUCCACCCCCCCCCCCAACACGCACCUCCUCAGAGGAGCUUUUUAAGGCUGUCAUUUUAAAUUCACAAGCCAUUAUGCAUGCACCUCAUGUCUUUGUUUACUUACACUGCCAGUCAAGUUUUUUUUUAAACUCAUUGCAUUUCAAGCAAUGUUAAUGUCAAUUCAGUGUCAAAUCUAAAUUCAAAAAUAAAAGUCAUUGAGAAGAGUCUCUCACAUGCCUAACAGUAAAAAGCUGAUAGCUUGAUUCCAUUAAGGUGUCUGUUGCAGAUAACAUACCAUGUAUUUUCAUUUGAUACUCAAUGCCUAUACAUUUUGACACUGUAUAGGUGAAAAUGUCCUUACAGUCAGGGUAACACUGCUGCAGCUGUAAGACAAAGACACAUGGUAAUGAUAUAGUAUGUUGUCUAUUAUUUAGAGUGAGAAGACAUCAAUUAGAAAAGUCAAGAUUAAGGGUAUAUUCAGUUUAACCCAAAAGAGAUGAGCACAUCUCUCUAAUUAUAUGUGAUUUACAAUGAAUUUACAAAUGUGUUCUUUGAGAUUUAACAAAAUCAAUUAUAGGUUGUUUAAAAACAUUUGAAUGGCAGUGUACCUUUCGUAAUGGCCAGAUCUUUUUUUUUUUUUUUUAAAUUGAAUUACUUUUAAAUUGAUUGUCCUCUGCACUGACGUCCAUCAGUCCGUCUCUCCUUCAGCUUUGAAAGCAGCUCUAAUUACAGAAAUACUGUGUCUGUAUUAUGUGUUUGUGUUAGAGUAAACCACAGUGCAGAUAUUUGUUCAGGAUCAUAAUUUUAUUUUUUUGCGACUGUUGAUCCACGCCUAUUUUAUAGAUGCAUACAGCCCCUCAACUGCUUGUAACUUUAGGACAGAAGGAUUGACAUUCAUCCUCAGCUGUCCCUAGUGUGUAAUAAUAACCUUUGUGCAAGAACUCGGUUGAGGAAGUGUGGCAAGAAAGUUGACGCUUGACAAUGCCGGUAUUAAAUAAAAAAAAUAAAAAAAA